AUGGCAGAACAGCCUACCUCGACAAAGCCAGUGCACACCAUUGUACUUGACGCUGGACCCCUCUUGAAAAACGUACCCCCGCUGUCGACAUUACUCGCACAAGCCGAAGAAUUGGUUACCACCCCGGCAGUCGUGGGCGAAAUCCGUGACCCCGUUGCCAGAUCUCGAGUUGAGACGCUUUAUCUUCCUUUCCUGAAGCAAAGGGCACCAUCCCCCAAAAGCGUACAGGUCAUAAGCGAGUUUGCGCGUAAGACUGGGGAUCGCGCGGUGCUGAGCAAAGUUGAUAUUGAGAUUAUGGCCCUUGCAUACGAAAUUGAAUGUGAAAGGAAUGGCGGAGAUUGGAGGUUAAGGAGUGUCCCCGGUCAAAAGAGACUGAACGGCAAGCCCCCGGCUACGGAGGAGUCGUCGACGGAAAAUACCACAACUGAGAAGCCAGUUAAUACCGAGGCUACCGACAGAGCAGAAGGAGAAGAAGCGACCGAAACAAAAACGGCAGAUGUCAACACGGUUACUGAAGACUUAGCGGCGACCACCAUUGAUGCGAACGUAGAGCAGCGCGCUGGACUAGAUGAGGCUGCGCCGGAGGAAUCAACACCUAAUCUUGACGAUACAGUGAAUGGUGCACCUGAGGGAAUUCAAGAUGCAGAUAACGCAGAAGAAGGUGAAGACUCGGAUGGCGGCGGCGAAUGGAUUACACCCUCGAAUAUCAAGAAGAAGCAAGCUCGAGAUGAAUCAGCAGGCGUAUCAGCAACCCCCGAGCCUAAAGUCAUGCAAGUUGCCACCAUGACAACGGAUUUUGCAUGUCAAAACGUUCUCCUGCAGAUGAAUCUGAAUCUUCUGUCAACGACAACAUUACAAAGAAUUCGUCAUUUGAGAACAUUUGUCAAGCGCUGCCACGCAUGCUUUUCCACCACAAAGGAUAUGAAUAAGCAAUUCUGUCCUCGCUGUGGCAAAGACACCUUGACACGAGUCUCGUGUUCCACCGACUCCAAUGGCCAGUUCAAACUUCAUUUGAAGAAGAAUAUGCAAUGGAACAACCGCGGCAAUGUAUACAGUAUCCCAAAACCAGUCCACGGAACUUCAAAUGGCAAGUGGAAAGGGGGCGGUGGUCAAGGAGGCUGGGGAACAGAUCUCAUUCUUGCCGAGGAUCAAAAAGAAUAUGUUCGCGCUGUGACUAAUGAGCAGCGCCAGCAACGUAGAGAGCGCGAUCUCAUGGAUGAAGAUUACCUACCGAGCAUUUUGACCGGCGAGAGACACCGAUCGGGCGGUCGAGUCAAGGUCGGAGCCGGCCGGGGUGUGAACUCGAGGAAGCGAUAA